AUGGCUUUUAACACCACCAAGUACUUCCUCGUUCCCAUCUACUCCGUGGUAAUAGGGACUGGCUUGCCUCUGAACUUCUUGGCACUCUGGGUCCUGGUGUCCCAGAUCAAAAAGGCUGUGGUCCUUUCGGUCUUUGUGAUGAACCUGGUGGUGGCUGACCUACUGCAGACCUUGACACUGCCCUUCUGGAUCUACUACAGCUACCAGGAUCACCGCUGGGACCUGGGGGAGAUCACUUGCAUGGUGGUCCACCUGAUCUUCCUCACAAACUUCUACGCCAAGAACAGUUUCCUGUGCCUCAUUGCUGCAGAGCGCUAUCUCGGCCUGGUCUACCCCCUGCGCUUCCACGGGCUACAGACAAUGCGCAGUGCUGCCACGAUCAGCGCAGCCAUGUGGAUGAUGGUCAUUGGCUUCUGCUCCUUGGGCAACUGGCUGCAGAACCUGGGGCCAGACCGCUGCUAUGACUGCUACCCACAAGUCAUAAAGUACGUCCGUUUCCGAUGGGCCGUCUUGAGCAUCUCCUUCCUCCUACCCUGCUUCUUCAUGGGUUUCUGCAACAUCCAGGUCCUGUGCAAGAUUAGACAGGUGUCAUCCCUGGAGCAGGAGAAGAAGCAGCACAUGUGCUGGUUUAUGUCCUUCAUCAUCAUCUCCUUCUUCCUGCUCUUCCUCCCUUAUCAGGUGAAUUUCUUGUUGAAGCGCCAGAUGACGUCACCAGACUCUGACACGUGUCAUCUGGAGAAGAAUUUUUUCACUUACAGCCAGGUGGCAAAGAGCAUCCCCACAUUGGGCAACAUCACAGAUCCCCUUCUCUACAUCCUGCUCCUCAAAGAGGGGAGGGCAGAGCUCAGGAACUGCUUCAGAAACAUGGUCUUGAGAUCAGCGUCGUAA